CACGUGUUGGGCCUGUUAUUUUAAGAUGUAAGAUUAAAGUGUCCGCUAUAAGGCACCAUUGUUUCCACUGAGAGUAUGGUUAGGAACGAAUAUCCUGCUCCAGAGAAAGAAAUAAAAGAGGAAGAGAUGGUUCAAGAAAUAGUACAGCCGCAGGAAAACAAUCAAGACAAUGCCGAUGAGCAAAUGGAGUUUGCCGAAGGUGAAGAUUAUUCCAGUACCACUGGAAGGUCCCUCGAGUUCGAUGUGUUUUCUGACGAUAUCGGUGCUAUGGAAAAGGCAUUAGAGGACCAGUUGGAUUAUCUGCAAAUUGCUUUAGAUCAUUUAGAGAAGAAAAAUGACAACAUACGGGCAGAGCUAAUUGAUUUAUUGCAGUCCAAUCGUGAAGCCAGGAAACAAUUUCAAGAAUCCCUAGAACAACCUGAAGGCGAAAAAGAUCAAUCAAAGUGAUAUUCAUCUUAUGUUUAGAAUAUUACAUACUUUGUUAAUAUGUUGUCUAGAAAUGUUUAUUGUUAGAAGUAUCUAAGUAAUGUUGAUUCCAAUUAUUCAAAAGAAGUAUUUCUUAUAUGUGUGAUGAUCAUUGUUAUACGAUUAUAACAAAAAUUUAGAUUGUACAUAUUGAUGUUGCACAUGAAACUUUCAACAGCACAUUCCUGAUUAUAAAAAAAAAUAAUAAAAUGUGUUGAACACAUGAGAAUAUUGUGAGAGGCGUAAUGAAUACAUAUAAACAGUUACAUAAAUUUUA